AUGUGGGCAGAGCCUAAGCCUGUUCGCGAGCUUCAAAUUGAUGGUUCCGAAGCAACGCGAAUUCCAGAAGAUCCUAUUAAACCUUAUCGAGAUCAUAUCACAAAAGGUCUACUGAAAAUCAUCGAUGGCAAGAACACCGAUCCUCCAAGAGGUAUCCUGUCAUUUUUCUUGGAUCUUGCUCAUUUCCUCGAAUUGUCUGAUAUCGACAAAGAGAGACUUGACCAACCAGGAGGAUCCCUUAAGGCUUUCGGUGGUCUCAACGGAAUCGGCAAGCUCGCGGAUUGUGCAGAAAGAACAGAUGCAUAUGCAAAGGCUUUGCAUUAUCGAGAGAUGGAAUUUCUCUACAAAACUAGCGAAAAAGAUAAUAAAGAAAAGGAACGCAAAAUCGCCGAAAGUCUCAUAAAGAGUUUCCAGAAGCUAGGUGAGCAAGAAGCUGCUGAGGGAGUUCUUGAAUUCGCAAAGGGGAAUGAAAUUACGGUCAGUGCAGAGUGGUUCGAGAAGCUUAAUCGAUGGGAGGAAGCAAAGACACUUUAUGCCGAUGGGAAUGACAAUCCGUAUGACAAACUUGGUUAUAUGCGCUGCUUAGAGGCUCUUGGAGAGUGGGACGAGCUAUGUACGAAGGUAUACGAGUUUGAUGAAGAGAUUGAGGAUCAGAAAAUUGAUGCUGUAAAACUUGGAACAACAGCUGCUUGGCAUUUGGGAAACUGGGACGAGUUUCAGCGUCUUCACCAAAUUAUCCCCGUUAAUUCUUUCGACGGCGCUUUCUAUAGAGCUGUCCAUUCAGUGCAGAACUCUAAGUACGAAGACGCAAAAAGUGGACAAUCGAGGCUCGUAAAGAGCUAG